CGCCGCGCUUGGUUCAGUAAAGGACAAACCGACCUACUAAACAGGAAAUGUUACCGUCAAACUUGCUUUAAGCAUUGGAACUGGAAAUCGAAAUGGCCCAAACUAAAGCAGUGUGUAGCUCCCGGCGACUUAGGAAGGCAAUUACCGACGUCGGGUAUUAUGAAAUGUUACGAUCUCUUCAGCCCGAAGAAGCCAAAACCCGCCAGACUCAAUUUCUAACCAGAACAAACGUAAUUGCUACAAACCCCAGCUUUGGUACUAGCUGUGAAGUCAAGUCUGAGAAACGUCCCGAAAUUACUCAGACUGGAAAGCUGUCUUUAAAUGACUCCUACAAAGUGGAUCUACCGAACCACUUGGACCGUGAAAACUGUGGUGCUGAGCUCCAGUUGGAGUCCAUGGACAAACUGGAAGAAGAUGGUGAUAAAGUCAGACUGCAUGACAUGAAACAAACUGCUGCUGAAGACCACGUAGCUCAAGAGGCAACUGAGUCAGGGUCCUACAUUGUCGUGCAGAGUGAAGAAGCAAGUAAGUUGUCAGCAGAAGAAGGCAAGUGGCCAAUAUGUGAUCUCCAAACUAUUGAAAUCCCGACGGUUUUAAGUACAAAUACAGCGAAGUCUGAAAGUUCAGAAAUAGUCUGUAGUACCAGCUUAAAAGAAGAUGAUGUGAGACCUACUGAGGUCACCGGCGAAAGCACGGGUAUGGAAAUCGACCCCCAUACUGAAUGCGAAGGUGACCCAGAAAGUCUCAGUUCAUCAUGUGUUAUUGAACUGCAGGAGUCCUGGGUCAGACAAGACCGGUGUCGAACUGCCGGACGGCUGAGGUUGCUGCGCAGUCAGCACUGUAACCUGAGUCAUGCUGAUGCGCAGGAUAGUGAAUCUCACUACUCAUCAUUUUGUGUGGAAAGUGAUCUUUCCAGGGACUCCGUGAAGGUAGAGCCAUGCGAUUCUCCGCUACUGUCUGCUGCACUUAGUUCUGCACUUACAUCCUCCUCAGCAGUUCAGCACAGAGAGGAACAAGCCAGUGUCCCCAGGAAUGCGUCAGAAAACAGUGACUUGUCACGGGUACCUGUACUUUCUGAAUGCGGAUGGAAAGCGAACCAGGUGGAGGAUGUUCAGGAGUCUUCCCAACAGCUGGCAAUCAAAGUUCAGAAAGCCAAUGAAUUAGCUGUUCAUCUUAAAUAUAAAAUAGCAGCACUAGAGCUUGAGAACACUGAAAAAGAAAAGGAAAUUAAAAGGUUAAAUGAACAGUUAGUGGAAGCCAGAAAGUCACUCCAGAUGAAGAACAAAGAGAUUACAAAUGUUAAAGCUUUAGUGAAGAACCUGAGUCAUCAACUUGAAAAGAAGUCUGAUGAGUUAAAAAGUUCUCAUAGUCUUCUAAAUGGGCAUGCUGGAAAGACUGAUAAGCGUAUAUCAAAACAUGACAAAAAUCAUUCGCAGAUCUGUGUCGUUCAGUGAGGAGUCAUGCAACGUGCCUGUAACUGCCUGCCUUAAAAAGUGUUUCAUUGGAUUUCUGUUGUGUAAUUCAAACACUAAUGAAAAGUAACAAGGGUGACCCUACAUGACAUUUUAUGACAGGUGAAGCCAAUGAGUGCAAAAUAAAGAUGCAUGUUAACGAAUUAUUGGCAACUGUUAUUUCCAAGCUACCUGGUUGGUUAUUAUAAGAAUCUGAGUUUAGAUCUAGUUCUUUUUUUUUUUCAUUUUUAAGACAACCCCUUUGUAAUGUGGGUUUGAGAGUAUUAAAUCAAAUGGAAGUUCAA